CCUUGUUUGAAUAGAAUAGGGAUUAUCAUUCUCAUUCCACUGUUCCCUUCUUCCUCUUUGUGCCCUCUGCGGCAUCUCAGAAUCAUUCUUCAGCAUCUCUCCCAUAUUCUCUCCCUCUUUCCUCCUCUUUUAUCUCCCCUGCUUUUCUUAUACUUCUCCACACACACACAGACACCUCUAGUUCUGCAACAUCUAUCUACCUUCUCGAUCUGUCACUAUGACUUCAUCACUCGUGCAGAUCCAAGACGAGGAGCAGGUCGUCCUCACCCACGAUUUUCAUGAUCUUUCCAUCGAAGAUCAUCUGGUUGAAAAGGGGAGUGAUGAAGAGACUCACAAAGGGGGAUUUGGAAACCAUGGGGGAAUAUGUGCUAUUUGCUUGGAUAAGAUAGUGCUGCAGGAGACUGCUCUUGUUAAAGGUUGCGAGCAUGCUUACUGUGUAACGUGCAUCCUUCGCUGGGCCACAUACAACAAUAAAGUUACGUGCCCUCAGUGCAAAAAUCCAUUUGAGUUCCUCAAUGUCCAUCGCUCACUUGAUGGCAGCAUUGAGGAUUACAUGUUUGAGGAAAGUGUUUGCCUACUCCUUCGGGCCAAAUGGUUCAAACCUUUAACUGUCGAGGACCAUGUGGUGGUUCAUGAAGAUACUUUAUUAGAUGAACUUGAAGAUUAUUAUUAUCAUUAUGAGGAGGAUGACGAAGAUCUAGAUGAUGCUUACUAUGGUGGCUCGUCAAGUUUCCGCAUUGGCAACCGUAGAUGGGGAGACAAUGGUUAUGUAAGAGCUGGGCGUCAAGAAGCUCGGCCAGUCCAUAGAUCAAACACUGAUAAUUCAGGAGCAAGUUCGGGAGCAAGUUCAUCCCGCCAGCCAAAGAAGAAAGAGGCUGCAAAAAGUGCUGCCACCACAGGGAGACGGGCAAAGAGGGCACUGAAAAGGGAAGCUGCUGAUAAGGCAGCAGAAGCAAAGCAUCAGCAGCAUUUAAUUAGGUUGGGCAGGAAGUGAUUCUAUUUGAUGUCACAAGCCGAGCCUUGAACUUUCCUUCCCUCAAGUUAAUAUAUUUUCUUUUCUUUCUUUACAUUUUUUUGUACAUUUAUGUGCUUUAUGAAAGCAUGUGGGGGAAGAUGUUUUAGAAUAAUGGCUUGGUAUAGGUGGUUAGAGUUCCUUGGGUGUAUGGUUGAUGGAGUUCCUAACUCGUUGAACAAUUUAGGUUUCAAUUAGUUAUCAAUGCAGCUCUAAGUUGUGCAUAAUCAAUAAUGAUCUUGACACCUCAA